AUGGUUGUUCUUUCUGAAUAUAUCGAACUAUCAUCUUCUUCAUCUUCUAAAGAUCAUAAAUAUGAUGUAUUCUUAAGUUUUCGGGGUGUUGAUACUCGAUAUGGUUUCACUGAUCAUCUCCAUAAGGCCCUCCUUGAUGCCAAUAUCUCCACCUUUUUAGAUGAUGAAGAGAUUGAAACCGGAGGAGAUCUGAAACCGGAAUUGGAGAGUGCAAUUAAAGCAUCUAGGGCUUCUAUUAUUGUGUUGUCCCAGAAUUAUGCUAAUUCUUCAUGGUGCCUUGAUGAAUUGGUGCUCAUCCUUGAGCAACGAAUGACAUCCAACCAAAUUGUUAUCCCUAUCUUCUAUCAUGUGGAGCCCACCCAUAUUAGAAAACAAGAAAGUACCUUUGGACUUUCAAUGGCUGAACACAAAGUGAAGAUGGAGGCAGAGAUAAAUGAAAAUAAAAGAAGUCAUUUGGCUCAAAAGAUUGACGAUGGAUUAAAGCACUUACUGAAGCCAGAGACUGAGUUCAUUGAAGAAAUUGUUAAAGACAUCUACCGUAGAUUAUGUAUAUCCUCAAGGAUUCCUUUGCAACAACUUUUUGGGAUGGACACUUCCAUCAAAUUCGUCACUUCAUGGUUGAAAGAUGCAUCCUUACAUACGACAUACGUUCUCACUAUUUUAGGUAUGGGUGGGAUCGGGAAGACGUCUUUAGCCAAAUAUGUUUAUGCGUUACAUUCUCAUGAAUUCGACACAAGUAGCUUUAUUGAAGAUAUCAGUAGGAGUCUCGACCAGUUGGACGCAUUACUUGGAAGCAAACCUUUUCAUCCAGGAAGCAAAAUCAUAAUAACAACCAAAGACGCUUGGGUAACAGAGAGUUGUGCACUAUUCAAAACAGUUGGUAAGCCCAUGCAUGCAAAGCACUUGCUUGAAGGCUUAUGUGAGAAUGAAUCACAAAAUCUUUUGUGUUUUCAUGCAUUCAUGUGCAACGAUCCCAAGGUUGGUUAUGAAGAGGUGUUAGAAAAGCUUGUGAAGUAUUGUGAAGGACAUCCGUUGGCUCUUGAAGUUUUGGGUAAGUUACUACAUAAUUGGGAUGUAGCUUAUUGGGAAGGGUGCAUAGAAGGGCUAAAGAAAGAAAUCAGUUCUCGUAUAAGAAAUGUAUUGAGAAUGAGCUUUGACUCUUUGCCAUCCAAAAAUGAUCGGGAUUUGUUUAAGCAUAUUGCAUGUUUUUUUGUUGGGAUGGAUAGAGAUAUUACUGAAACAAUAUUAACGGCAUGUCGUAUGAACACAAGAUCUGGGAUCCCGAAUCUCAUUGAUAGAUGCCUUCUUAGUAUCGGAUGGAAUAAUGAAUUCAAGAUGCAUCAGUUGCUUCAAGAGACAGGAAGAUUCAUAGUACAUCAAGAAUCGCCUGACAAGCCAUGGAAGCGAAGUCGAUUGUGGUGUCAUGAGGAGUCAUUCAAAGUGUUGAAACAAAAAAAGGAUAAGGGAAAUCUUCUAGGCCUUGCACUUGACAUGAGAAUGCUUGAGAAAGAGACGUUGCGUGCAUCGUUUGUGCUGAAAACAGAUGCAUUGAGUAACAUGGAUAACUUGAGGCUACUCCAACUCAAUUAUCUGAAUAUCAGUGGGUCUUACGAGAAUUUUCCAGAAGAACUGAGAUGGUUGUGCAUGCAUGGGUUCCCUUUAAAUUCUUUGCCUUUAGACUACCCGAUGGAAAAUCUGGUUGUUCUCGACAUGUCAUAUAGCAAUAUUGAAUCAUUUGGCAUUUAUGAUAGUAAUCCACAAAGAGCCGAGAAGAGGCAAAAGUUGACUGAAUCAUGCUUAAAAGACAAAAGGUUGCUUGGAUCAUUAAAGAUUCUUAAUUUAAGUUUUUGUGAAGAGCUUCGUAGUUUGGGAGGCUUUGAGGAACUCCCGGCACUUGAGAGGUUAAUAGUUACAAAUUGCAUUGGUUUGCUUGAGGGUUGUAAUCUCGGUGAAUCUCAAAUGGAGAUUAUGGAUAUGGAUUCACGAGAAAUAGUCAAGGCUAAAUCCUCUUCCUCCUCCGUUGUGGAAGCUAUACCAAGUGAUUUGAAGUUCUUUGCGGUUUCUCUACCGAGCUCUUUAGUAAGGUUGUCACUUGCAAAUAAUAAUUUUUCCACUGAAUCCUUUCCCCUGGACUUCAGUUGGCUAUUUAUGUUGAAGGAUUUAAAUUUAGAUGGCAAUCCUAUAGUUUCCCUUCCUAAUUGUGUGAGAAGUCUUCCUAGACUUGAGAUGCUUAGUAUGAGUGAGUGCAAAUUGUUAACAUCAGUGGAGCAUCCUCCAUAUACAAUAAAAGAGUUGGACCUCGGUUUUAGCUCUAAAACUUUGCUAAGAAAAGUUGUUUUUGAUUUAAAAAUGUUACCACUCAAGUUGUCGAUGCUUUCAGAUCAUUUAGCACUUUCGUCAAUUGAAAUUCAAGGCAUGGUUAAAAUCCAACCAAUGGUUGGUGUUGAAGAAAAGGUAUUAUGUAGUUUGGGCUGGACUAAUCUAGAUUUCCUUAACAUAAUGCGUGUAGGAACUUAUUUUCGGGGUAGAGGAUCAGAGGAAUCUGAAAUCCAGAUGUAUUAUGAAUUUGGAAUAUUCAGCACCAUUUAUGGGGGAAAAGAGAUGCCGAAUUGGAUUAGUUGUAGAAGCAAGGGGCCAUCACUGUCAUUUACUAUCCCAUCAUCUCCUAACAAUCUUAGAGGAUUGAACUUCUGCUACGUGUACACGUUUCCAUUUCCAUAUGACCAGUUCAUACUUUUGCCAAUGAUCACAAUUAGUAAUCUAACGAAGAACUGCACCUGGAUAUACAAUCAUUAUGCUUACAGAGUCAAUGUAGGUGAAGGGUGUGUGAUAUUGUUAAGCCACUGGAUGUUUGGGAUGAAUGAAAUGGAAGGUGGAGAUCAGGUUACUAUUACUACUGUAACAGAAGAAGUAGAACAACUUACAGAGGAGUGUGGGGUGAGUUUUGUGUUUGAUGAUGGAAAUAAGGAUGAAGAAGAAGAAGAAGAUGUGUUGGGUUAUUAUAAGUCAUGGAAUCACAUCAUUGGUGGAGAUCUCUCUUCUUUUCAAGCAACAACAGGAGAAUACUACCUAAGCAGCAGGCGACAUCUGUGGCAUGCCCCAGAUAUAAAGAAAAGAAAGGUUGCUUUAGAGCUUUAUCCCAAAGAUAGUCCGACAUAUGUGAUCACACAUGUGAGGAACCUGCAAAAAGUUUGGAAGAGCCAAAAGCUGAAUUGGUCAUGGUCAUGGUCAUGGUCAAGAAACAUAUGGUUGCUUGGAUCGUUGAAGAUUUUAAUCUCAACUGUUCUGAAGCUGAUAAUCAUAUUGUUGAAAAGGAGGUGUGGGAUCACCACAUCUAUCCAACCCAGAAAUAGAUGGGAUGAUCAAGUUCCGAAAGAGGUAUUGGUGGAGAAUUAUGGAGUUUGAAAAAAAUCAAGAGGUGUAAGAUGAUGAAAAAAUGGGAGAAGAUGCCUUGAGUUAAUUACAAAUCAUGGAAGUCACUAGUGGAGAUGUCUCUGGUUUAAAGCUAAUAAUAUAAUAAAAUGCUCCCUAUACAGCGAUUUCUUUUGGGAAGAUAACAUCUUCAAUCUAAAUGACAAAGAUGCUCGCUAUAAAGUUAUAUGCCUCUUUCGAUAAAUAUUUUAUAUGAUGCUUUUUGUACCCAACAGAUAUCAUCACAACCAAUUUGCAGUUUAAGAGUAACUAAACUGAUAUGCUAAAAUCCCCAUACACUGCAUCCAUAACUUGUUUUGAUAGUG